AUGUUCGUAAAAGAUGUAAAAGCUGAUGGAAAUUGUGGCUUUCGGGCUAUUGCUGGAUUACUUGGUUUUGGAGAGGAUGCAUGGAUAAACGUCCGGCAAAACUUGAUUGACGAGUUGAGAACAUUUUGGGCAGAGUAUGUUGAAUUGUUUGGUGGUUAUGAUCGGCGCCUUAUUGACUUUGGUAGUGCCAUUGAUGAUUUCAGCUUACGCAAUUUGUAUGGGUCGAAUGGUCCAUCCGAAAAUUUGUCCGGACUUGUCUCCCUUUUGGUAUCUGCCUUUGUUCAUCCUAUUACUGAUCAGACCGUAUGUUCAAUUGAAUUGUUCUAUAUCAUACAUUCAUGGAUUUCGCUACGACUAGUUGCACAAGAAACUUACGCUUAUGCUCCUCCAGAAGUUCUUGCAAAUCCUAGCUGGUUUAAGGGACCGUCGCGCAGAGGAAAAAAAUACGAUAUGUGGAGUGUCGGUGCUAUGAUACUGGACAUGGUUGUAGGAGGUCCCAUUUUCCACUUGACUCCUUCCACAAUGCAUGACCUAGCAUUUAUUCAAUUCCCUGACUUGGAUCAAUACGAGAUUGAACUGCUGUAUAAACUGGAGAUAUUUGAGUAUCUGUGCAUCCGGAUGCCAGCAAAGGCACAUAAGUUCAUGAGGAUGAAGGGAAUUCGAGCACCACCUUCCAUGAACUGCUCCAAUGAUUUAUUCUCUGAUGGAAUUAGGAAUUUAGAUCCUCUUGGAAUGGGGUUUACAGAUGAGUUGGCAUCAGACUUGGUUCGCCAACUGCUGAAGUGGGAGCCGGUUGAUCGUCUAAACGUGGAGGAAGCUUUGGCACAUCCCUAUUUCAGGUCUCUCAAUAGAAUAUAGGCAGUUUAUAAAUACACAAUUUAAUGAAACUGGUAUUCUGUCAUUUUUUGAGAUGUAUAGAUAAAAGUUGAGAUGAUAGAGUUUUGUCAUUUUUUUUAAUGGUAGAAGUAAAAGCUCA